ACAUUGCAAGCUGUAGUAGCCUUGAAUAAGAUGACAGCCAUCUCCCCAGACCCUCAAACUCUGGCCUCAAGUGAACCAAGCAAGGUCCUGAGAAUGGAUACUCCUGGGGAUCAAGAAGCUAUCCUGAGAGGAGACAGUACUGACCCAGAGACUUUCAGACAGAGAUUCAGAUGGUUUUGUUACUCAGAAGUGGCUGGACCCAGAAAAGCCCUAAAUCAACUCUGGGAUCUCUGCAUUCAGUGGCUGAGACCAGACAUCCACACGAAAGAACAGAUUUUAGAGCUUUUGGUAUUUGAGCAAUUCCUGACCAUUUUGCCUGGGGAGAUCAGAUUUUGGGUAAAGUCACAACAUCCUGAGAGCAGUGAGGAAGUGGUGACCCUAAUAGAGGAUUUGACCCAAAUGCUUGAAGAAAAGGAAGAUCCAGUCUCUGAAGAGUCUGUUAUUUCCCAAGAGGAGAACCCUGAAGAAAAUAAAGUGGUUUCUGUCCUUCCAAGUACUAAGUCCCAGGAAUCCGUGACAUUCAAGGACGUGGUGGUCAGCUUUUCCAGAGGAGAGUGGAGAAGGCUGGAGCCUUUUCAGAAGGAGCUCUAUAAGGAAGUGCUACUGGAGAACUUUAGGAACCUAGAGUUUCUGGGCUUUCCGGUUUCCAAAUUAGAUUUGCUUUCCCAGUUUAAGUGGGUUGAACUGCCAUGGCUGCUGGAAAAAGAAAUUUCAAAAGGCUCCAGACCAGAUGUUCUUCUGGAAGAAUCAACUUUAGAUAAAAUAAUAGAAAGAUGCCUAAUGGGUGCUAAUUAUGGCUUGUUGGGAGAGUCCUGGAAACGUAGCAGUAAGGAAUAUUCGCAAGUCGCAGGCACACAAAAGAAAACUCAUGGGAGAGGCAGUAAGGGUGAGGAAUUUGACCCAGAAAAGAGCCCCUUUGGAAGUAAUUUCAAGCAAACCUCGGAAAUAAUUAAACAUCUGAGAGUCUACUUAAGGAAGAAAUCUCGGAGGUAUAAUGAAUGCAAGAAACCCUUCAGUUUUCAUUCAGACCUUAUUCUGAACCGCAAAGAACACACUGGAGAGAAGCCAUGGAAAUGUAAUGAAGGCAGGAAAGUCUUAGGUCACUCUUCCUCCCUAACUGAACAUCAGAAACAUCAGAAAAUGCAUUUGGGGGGGAAGACCCAGAAGUGCACUAAUUGUGGGAUAGCCUUUACGCGGAGCUCAUCCCUUAAGAGAAAAAACUCCUCUAUGUGUGAAAAAUGUUGGAAAAAUUUAAAUCAAGAUGCAACCUCAGAUAAAGAUGAGGGAGCUGAGACAGGAGAGAAGACCCAUAAAUGUAGCAAAUGUGGAAAAGCCUUUGGCUACAGUGCCUCACUGACCAAACAUAGGAGAAUUCACACAGGGGAGAAACCCUACAUGUGCAAUGAAUGUGGAAAAGCUUUCAGUGACAGUUCAUCUCUCACGCCACAUCACAGAACUCACAGUGGAGAGAAACCCUACAAAUGUGAUGAUUGUGGAAAAGCUUUCACCCUGAGUGCCCACCUCAUCAAACAUCAGAGAGUUCAUACUGGAGAAAAACCCUAUAAAUGUAAAGAAUGCGGGAGACCCUUCAGUGACAGUUCCUCUCUUAUUCAACAUCAGCGAAUUCAUACCGGAGAAAAACCCUACACGUGUAACAACUGUGGAAAAUCCUUCAGUCAUAGCUCGUCCCUUUCCAAACAUCAGAGGAUUCAUACUGGAGAGAAGCCCUAUAAAUGCGGUGAAUGUGGAAAAGCCUUUAGACAGAAUUCUUGCCUUACUCGACAUCAGAGGAUCCACACUGGAGAAAAACCCUAUUUGUGUAAUGACUGCGGGAUGACGUUCAGCCAUUUUACGUCUGUCAUUUAUCAUCAGAGACUUCAUUCAGGAGAAAAACCCUACAAGUGUAACCAGUGUGAGAAAGCCUUCCCUACCCAUUCACUCCUCAGUCGUCAUCAGAGAAUUCAUACUGGCGUAAAACCGUAUAAAUGUAAAGAAUGUGGGAAAUCUUUCAGUCAGAGUUCAUCUCUUAACGAGCAUCAUCGAAUUCAUACCGGAGAGAAGCCCUAUGAAUGUAACUACUGCGGAGCAACCUUCAGCCGGAGCUCAAUCCUUGUAGAACACCUAAAAAUCCACACCGGAAGGAGAGAAUAUGAAUGUAACGAAUGUGAAAAGACAUUUAAGAGUAACUCAGGCCUCAUCAGACAUCGGGGAUUUCAUUCUGGAGAGUAA